AUGCCGUCGAGAAAACCGACGAGUGCUGUUCCUCUCCAGCGCGGCUCAGCGUGCCUUAGUUGUCGUCGCCGCAAACUAAAAUGCGAUGGGACACGGCCAAUCUGUACGCAAUGCACCAAAAUGACUCGCGAGUGCGAAUACGACGAUAAGAAACAGAAAUCGCGGACCCAGAAGCUUAAAGAGAAACUCUCUAUGCUGGAACAACGACUCCGAGAACUGGAGGCAGAGAAUGGUGGCGCAAUGUCGCCUGACUCGGGCUCAGACUCCAACUCGCUGCUGGGUCUUCCCCUGACCCAAAAUUCGUCGCCAGAAAUCCCCGCAGCCUUGUCUCUGUCGCCGACCAUGUUUCCGGUCCUCGACUCAGAUUUACUUGGGGGAAACUUCGAUAACCUCUUCGAUAAUGCUUGGUCCAGCUCGUCCGGAUCGUCAUUAUAUGGCAAUAAUUCGGGCUAUGGUACGCCUGGUAAUAUGGAGCUCGACCCGAGCACUCUACUGUUAGACGAUGACUCCGACCAAGCCAUUCCCCCAUUUCUCGAGAUGUCACCUUUCUCCAGCCUUGCCUCAACCUCUGAAUUCCCCUACAUGCCGAGAUGGAACCCUCAGGAACCACUACCCUAUGAGAGCAAGAAGAUUCUAUUGGAUAUAUUUCUGGCCCACCGCCACCAAUGUUGGUUCGACGGCUCUGUCGAGCGCUUCUCCCUUUCCAACACCGCACAUCAGUUCGGCUUUGAACCACAUCCGUCUCUCAUGAAUGCCGUGUAUUUGCUCGCCUGCCAUUUCGCGCGAUCGCCAUACUGCACGGAAAUCGAACCCGUGUUCUUCUCACGCACACUACACGAAAUAACAGUCGCCCUCGAUAACUCAGAUCGCUUGGUCGAUGUUGUUCAGGCGUCGUGUCUAUUGGCUGUCUACCUUUACAUCAACUGCCGCUCGUUGGAGGGCUACUGUCAUUCCUUCUCCGCUGCCCGACUCGCCGUCGGUCUGGGAAUGCACCAAAUCAAACGUUUCUUACCGCUCGACGACAUGAACGGAGCAGCCGUAGAAGAUAUCACGCCAAUCCCGAUUCCCCCGCCGCGUGACCGGGCCGAAGUUGCCGAUAGGAUAUCAGCGUUCUGGCAGGUAUUUAUGGUGGACCGGUGUUGGAGCGUCGCGAGUGGACUCCCAGUGGCCCUUCCAGAUGGCGACUGCCCGCAAGUACGGAUAACUACUCCGUGGCCAUCAUCUUCGUUCGACCCAGUCCCCCCUACUACCCUUUUCGGAGCCGCCGCCAACACGGUUAGCGAGCUUUUCGAGCAUCAGCCGGUGAUAUCGCUGGAGUCGGAUGCAUUACAUAUGCCCACUCUACGCGCCAAAGCUGCUGCCUUCUAUGAACGGACCUAUCGACUGGCCUCAGCCUCGAAGAAGUCUGACGUCUAUUGGGCUGACCACCACUCGGCCGAACUGGCGUUGCAGCGAUUCUCGAUGAACCUCCCCGCGUUUGUCGGCUACGAAGCGUGGCGAACGACUGCUCCAUUAAUCGAUGUCGACUUGUUUGCGGUUCAUACGAUGAUGCAUGUGGCAACUUUGCAUCUAUAUAAGGACUCCCCCGGUCCUGAAACGUUCCAGGCAGGAAACCUGGUCCUGUCUUACAUCAGACAGCUCAAUGACGGGGACUACGAGUAUCUUGAUCCAAUUCUCAGCUCAUGCUGGUCAACCACUGCUCGCGCGUACAUCCAAAUGAUGAAAAUCGCGGGCCACCAGAUAGAAUCGGUGGUCAUGUACUCCCUCUCCGUCAUAGAACAGGAGCUUGAGGUCAUUCUCAACGCCAUGAAGACACUGAGCGCCUUUUUCCCGUUAUCAGGCGACCAUGCGAUGAAAGUAGAGCAAGAGGCUGCUCAUGCGCGGACUAAUCUAGCGCUAUAA